AAGCUUUGCCUCAUCAGAUGGUUAUUGCUUCACAAGUAACUAAGUAAGAGUGCUUUGUUUUUGCUUUUUUUAGCAGCAUAGGAUCCAACAACUUUGGAAAUUCUCUUUGGCAAGUAGUACUUAGUUCCGAGUUGUCAUAUCCAUUUUGCUUAUCUUUACGAGAUAUUGUUGAUGAUCUAGACAUUCUCUGCUGUGAACACUCGAAAGUGGGACUGGAAUUGAAACCUUGGCUGAACUAGGGCAAUAAUCCAUUAGAUACUCAAUCAACUCAUGAUGUCAGAAUACAUAAUGAAAGACAUCAGAACAGCGAAACAGAAACGAACUUAACCAAAAAUAACUAUAGGAAACUCCAUUACUGAUAUCUUGGCGAAGAAUGAGUCUUUUGGUCAUUAGAGCCUAGAGGUGCUCCAUCACUUGGUAAAAAUAGGGAGGGAGAUCAUGCAGAUAAAGAUCGAUAAUUGUAGUCGGGCUAGCUGCUGAUGAACUAAAUUGAGGUAUGUUUUCUAAUGUCAGAAAUAGCUACACCUUUUCCCUUUUGUUUUCUACCCUCUUGACGUGGUAAAGCAUUCAUAAUUUCAUCCUUUCCAUUAAAUAAAGGGGACAGGGUGAUGGGUGAGACAUGUUAAAGACUAUGUAAUACAUGUAUGCACGCUGGAAGCAAAAUAAUGGUGUUGAAUGCUCAAAAUAAUUGCAACUUGCAAGUAUGGAAUCUACAUGUUUACAAUUUACAGCUAGUAAGUGAUAUCUGGCAAACUAUUGUUAUUUUUUCUCUUUUCUUACUAAUCAUGUACUUUAAUCAAAUACAGUUUACUAGAACUUCAUAUAGGCACGAAAUUGAAGCAACCAACUUGAAAAUGAUGUGCCCUGUGAUCAGUUGAACCGAAGUUGAAAUUCGUGUCUUGUGGACUGAGUCCCUUUGGACGUGUUCUUCAAUACACAAUCUGCUUGACUAUUCUAGCAUCUCUGCUUUAUACUGUAUUAUGUAUGCUACUACUUGCUUUUACAUACUUAACGUCUUCCUUUUUUCUUUGGAAAGGAGAGAUGUAAUCGCAGGCAUCACCCUCUCUGCAAUUAAAAUGUAAAAUGUUUAGUAGUGCUAUAUUUGAUUGCUUUUUGUAAUACCUUCUCCCAAAUGUACAAUACUACAUAAAUUAUCAAUUUCAGAAUUUGACCAAGUCUUCCCUUCUAAAACAAUUAAAAAAAAGACGGCUACCUUGGGAAAUCAUCAUCAUCAUCAUCAUCAUCAUCAUAAUAAUAAUAAUAAUAAUAAUAAUACUCCUAAGAUAAUUGUGGAAUCUGCCUCUGUCAUCAUCGUUAUUAUAUCCAGGGAAUAUCGUCCAAACUUUAGCUUCUUGGUUGGCUCUUAUGAGUUGAUUAUGUCUUCCGUUGAGGUCAUCGUUAAGGAGUAGUAGUAGCCCCCCUCUUUUCCUUCUGUUGGGACUUGGGAGUCUUUUCUCAAAAAUUGGCCUUAGAAUAUAAUUUGGUCAGCGGGAGAUAACAUAAAAGAGUUUUGCCAGAAAAGAGAGGGAUGUCAAGUAGUGGAAGGAAUUUGUAUGGGGGGUUGAAUCAGAAGAUAGACUAUGUGUUCAAGGUGGUGCUGAUAGGAGAUUCAGCGGUGGGAAAAUCGCAGCUACUGGCUCGCUUUUCUCGGAAUGAGUUCAGCAUAGACUCCAAGGCCACCAUUGGCGUCGAGUUCCAAACUCGUACCCUUGUCAUUGACAACAAGACUGUGAAGUCCCAGAUCUGGGAUACUGCCGGCCAGGAGAGGUACAGAGCAGUGACAAGUGCUUACUAUAGAGGUGCUGUAGGGGCAAUGCUGGUUUACGACAUUACCAAACGCCAGACAUUCGAUCAUGUCUCCCGUUGGUUGGAGGAGUUGCGCGGCCAUGCUGAUAAGAACAUUGUCAUUAUUCUUAUAGGCAACAAAACUGAUCUGGGUUCCCUCAGAGCUGUAAGCCUCGAGGACGCUAAAGAGUUUGCUGAGAGGGAAGGCCUUUUCUUCUUGGAAACCUCUGCUCUUGAGGCUCUUAAUGUUGAAACUGCCUUUCUUACUGUUCUUACGGAGAUAUAUCGCGUUAUCAGCAAGAAAACCCUUGUUGCUAAUGAUGAAGCUGAUGCUGCAGGUACUUCUAACCUCCUCUCCGGCAAGCAUAUUGUUCUUACUGGGCAGGGCCAAACAUCUGUUGGAGGAAAAUACAGCUGUUGCAUGUAUUCAUGAUCUGAUCUCUUUCCCCUUCUCCAUUGCCUAUUUUACGUUUGUCCCGUACAAGGCUACAACCAUACAGACUAUGUCUUCUCUUUUGGCCCUCCUGAUGUCCUCUGUAUGAUCAGUUUCUGCCGGAACCUGCAGUGCUCAUUUACCAAAGACAUUUCACAGAAAUACUAUGAUGUUUAUUUUAGGGGACUUUUUUUCCUCUUUCAUCCCUUUUUAUUUUAUUUUUGGAUCUGACAAUUUUGUAGAGUUGUAGACCAUGAAUUGAUGAAACAUGUAAUGGGAAGAUGAUUUAUGUGAAUAAAUUUAUGUAUUCGCGUCCAGUACCCCUCCCGUUCCA